GAACUAAAGUUCUCCAUUGACCGGAAACCUCCUCGCUCAAAAAAAAUCUGAAAUGACCUGGUGUACUAAGAUACCUCAAACCCUUUUCAUCGCUCCUCCAUCAAACACUACCACUUCUCACUUCCUCUGCUCCACCAAAAUGCCCUCCACCACCACUACCCUUCUCCUCUUCCUCCUCCUAAUCCACCUCACCAUCACAACUCCAUCCCCAAUCCCAGGCCUAGACACUUUCCUCUCUCAUCGGUCCACCGUAGACCCUCUUUCUACCAACGAUUCCUUCCCCUCCCUCCCUUCUUCCCUAAAAAAAUCACUCUCCCUCUCUUCCCCUCACCCUCACAUCCCUUCCUUAAUCUCCUCCCUUCUCUCCCUUACCCUCCCCCUUUCCCUCCACAUCCGUCUCGUCGGAUCCUCCUUCCCCUCCGACUCCUCCUCCCUCCUCCAAUCCUUCCUCUCCACUGCCCACAUCUCUGACCACUUCCACGUCAUCACCACCGACUCCCACCGUCUUUCCAUCAAGCAUUCCCCCCACCUUGAAAUUUCCCACGCGGGCUCCACCCUUUCAUCUCGCCUUUCCGAAGCCCUUAAAUCUUCCAUUUCCGAAAGUACAUCUUCCCUCAGAUCACCUCUCCUUUCCAUCCCUUACAACACAGUUGAUCGGAUUAUCAAGCAAGAUUUUGAUAGAGAAAAACCUGUGCAAGGGGUUUAUGUUUAUUUGAUUAAUUUGGGUUCGCAAUCGAAGAACUAUGCGUAUAGUUAUUCAGAAGGGGAUUCGUCUCCUGGGUUUACUAAAUGCUUAGGAACCAUUUGGACUGGUAAAGAGAGGUAUCUUUGGAUUGAUCUAUCUGCUGGUCCUGUCGAUUACGGACCGGCUAUAUCUGGAGAUGGGGUUUUACCUAGAGGUGAAUUUCACCCUCUUACAGCAAUGCACGGGCGACCCAAGUCACAUAAGGCAUUGUUAGCGGACUCGGCAUCGUUGAUUUGGAAUGCUUAUCAGGUAUUACUUGUGCCCUCUUUGAGAAUUCCUGUGCAUUUUCAGAAUUCUUUGAUUGUUGAGUUUAUACAUAUUUAUGGGUCUGGAAGUGGUAAGGAUUUGAGUGGGUUGGAUUGGAAGGAGAUUGAGAAGACGUUUAUGGAUGAGGCUAAUGAAGGUGGGUUGUUGUUGAGGAAUCAGAAUUUGGCGUUUAGGAAUUAUGAAGUGAAUUAUGAUCAGUGUUCAAUUUGCUCGUUUGCGAUUUCUAGGUCGAUUAAUUCCUAUACUUCUAGGUUCUUGUUUGACAAUUAUACUUUGAUUGUGAGUGAAUAUUUGGACUCAAAGAGAUUGCAUCAGAUACUGUCUGAUUCUGCUGAGGAGUUUAGGAGGAUGGCAGGGACCCCGGAGGAGGAUUUUAGUAGAGUGCUGCCUGUUUAUGUGUUUGAUUUGGAUUACAAUACACUGCUGAUGCUUGAUCGGUAUCAUCAAUCUGUUGCGUUUAGGGAUAUGGUUAUUGCAGUGAGGACAAAGACUACACAGACUGUGAGUGAUUAUAGCUGCAAUGGUCGUCACAUGUUUACGCACACUAGGGUACUUGAGAGACCGCUUGUUGGUUCAAUUCUACAGAGUAUGUGGGGAGUGUCACCAACCCAUUUGUCUUGGAGCCCAAGGCAUAAUAAUACUUUGGUGGAUUAUACUUGGAGUGUUGGACAAACUCCAUUUGGGCCUUUCUCAGAGAUUUCGUCUCUGUCAUUCGUGCAGAAAGAUGCAGCUCGUAGAAAUGUGCUGUUGACGUCAUUGAAUUACAGUAUAAGUAGUGUUAUUGAUGUUCUUGAAUCCAUUAUAGCACAUGGCGGGGACAGGAAACUCCUUAAACAGAAUCAGCAUGUUCAGUUCAUUCAGAGAUGGAACCUGUUCAAGUACAAGCUGGACAAAGCGAUUUCUGCAAUGUCACAUAUGGACUUUGACAUGGCUUUGUAUUACUUGAGGUCCUCUGACCACGACAUGUAUGCCAUUCACUCUCUGGUUUACCAUGCAUCCCAGGAAUUGGAGGCAUCGCUUGUUUGUUUCAAGGACCCACCAUUUCCAUGGGGUUCAGUGUCUAUGUCCGCAGUAGUUUUCUUUGCUCUAGUUUAUGUUUAUUCUAAACGAGAGAGCCUUUUUAGAAAUAAAAGAAAGCAGUUUUGAGGCUCUUUAGAGGAAUAGAAUUUUGUAUCAUGCGAACACAAUACAAGAAACCUAUUUCUUUGAGGGGUACAUCUGAAGGUUUGGAAUUAAUUUUCACUUUUCCAUAAA